UGUUGUGGUAUUGGAGAAGUAAACACGCGACCGGUAGUACCGAAGUUUGUUAUUAACUACGCUUAUGAUUUAUUACUCAAUAAUUUAAAGGAAUUUAUUAAGAUGACGAUAUUCCACGACGAAAUAGAAAUCGAAGACUUCGAGUACGACGAAGAUUCCGAAAUGUAUUACUAUCCCUGUCCAUGUGGGGAUAGAUUCCAAAUAAGUAAGGAGGAGCUGUUGGCUGGUGAAGAAGUAGCGACAUGCCCCAGCUGUUCUCUUGUUGUUAAAGUUAUAUAUGAACUGGAAAAAUUCAAGGCUGAAGCUGAAGAAUUACAAAGGAAUCCUAAUGAAAAAGAAGCUUUGAAAGUGUAAACAAUUUGAAACUAUUGUCUUUCAAGAUAUGAAAGAUUGCAUGAAAUGUUCUAAGCCGUGAUGCUUCAAGCAGCCAUCGGCACUGUGGUGGAUAUGUGAUAUAGUAAACAAAUAGCGCUUAUAUCUGA